AUGUUUAGUGACUUGCAGCAGUCAGAGAUAUUGCAGGAGCAACAAUGGAUUCAACCGCCGAUUCCACGACAUCGACAGCGGGAAGCUCUGGAGGCGGUCUCACAUGUGAUGAUGGCAGUGCCUGGACAGGUGGACUGGAGCAUCACCAGCUUGUUCAGUGGAAUUGAAUGCUUGCGUGAAGCUUUGGCAAUCUUGGACACUGCCGUGUCCAUUGAGCUGGGAAGACAAUUCUGUCUUGACCCUUGGGGCUCCGUGAGCAGGAAGAAGAGAAGGCUCAUGCUGGCCAAGGAGAUGCUGUCCACCCUUGGCUACCCUGUGCACCCGAGCAGUGCCACUGACUUAGGAAUGAAUUUGGUACCAGAUGGGAGAGUUGGUUUGCAGAAGUCUGGAAGCCAGCGUGAUACAGCUUCUGUUGAUGCUUUCCUCAGUGUUCUUUAUGAGGGCUUGGCCGAGACAUUGCCUGACAGGUUCACGGAAUGUGAACUGUGCUUCCAGUUCAAGGAGGGCAUUGCAAAAGCAAGAAGCAUGGAAGUCAAGCUCGGUGAACUUGUGAAAUAUCGGAGUCACCUGGCCUCCCAGUAUGCUGACAGAGCUCUCACGUGGGCGCUUCAAGAGCUUGGUUCAGAUCCACUUGGCGACAUAUUGGUGGUUCAAGUGGACGGAAUGGAUCAAGGUAAAUUCCGCCUUCCGAGGGACCCGAAGCUGAAAUCUACUGCCAGCCUGGCUAAGUUCGUGCGACCAAGACUCAAAGUCCACGGAGUGUGGCUCUUUGGCUAUUCCUUGGAACUAUUCGUGAUGGAUGAGCCUACGCGUCAUGACGCGUCUUGCAUCACCGAAUGCAUUGCUCGUGGCAUUGAACGUGUUUCAGAGAUCUGUCACCGUUUGGGACGACGGGUGCCUUCUAAGUUGGUGAUUCUCGGUGAUAACACCGUGCGAGAACUCAAGAAUCAAAUCAAUUUGGGCUAUGCUUCACGCCUAUGUGCUUUGCGGAAGAUGAGGAUCUGUAUGAUAAUGUUUCUUCGCAAAAGCCAUACCCACGAUCGCAUUGACCAAGUUUGGGGCAUUCUUGCGCGCCGCAUAGCAAAUACGGAUUGCUUGCUUGAUCCUACAGAUACGAUUCAAUGCAUAGAGGCAGAGCUUCGAAGACCUGGUUUGCGGACCUUCCUGGGCAGCUCUUGCGAGAUUCAUGUGCAGAAGUUGGAUUCUGUGAGGGACUGGAAGUCUCAGUGGGAGCGACAUGGGGUCUCUUUGAGUGGCGGGCUUUUGGAGGACGCAUCUGGCAACCACUCCUUUAUGAUGUUUCAGCGGAAAGGCUCAAAGUUUCACAAAAUACUUAAGUAA